AUUGUAGCUUUUUUUUUUGGACCUCCGGAACAUUGAAAGCCUCGGUUUGAUUGGAUCAGACUCAUUCUUAUUUAAUGUCUCUUUUUUUUUUUUUUGUUCUUUCUCUUUUUUUAUCAACAUUAUGCUAGCUGUCCAUGCGUUGAAAAGUCAAGGUGUAAAGCACCUCGCCUGGAAAAGGUUUAAAUCAACAGAAGCCAUCAAACCUUUACAAGGUAUCCGAGUUUUAGAACUUGGACAGCUUGUAGCAGGACCCUUUUGUGGCUCAAUCCUUGGAUAUUACGGAGCAGAGGUUAUUAAAGUAGAACCACCCAAGAUUGGAGAUCCUUUACGUAUUUGGCGCCACUUGGAUAAAGAUGGUCAGAGUGCAUGGUCCAGAUCUCUUUCACGCAACAAGAAAUCCAUUACGCUGGAUUUGAAGACGCAAGAGGGAAGAGACCUUGUCAAACAAUUGGCUGAGCAAUCCGAUGUGCUUAUUGAGAACUUUAAGCCUGGCACCAUGGAGAAAUGGGGAUUAGGACCCGAGGAUAUUUACCCUGCCAAUCCAAAGUUGAUUUAUACACGUAUCUCUGGCUAUGGUCAAACAGGACCUUAUUCAAAACGACCUGGGUAUGCUUCUGUCUGUGAAGGUAUGGGUGGAUUCCGGUUUGUCAAUGGUCACCCUGGAGAUCCUCCUGUCAGACCCAAUAUGAGUCUAGGCGACUCUUUAGCAGGUUUACAUGCUGCUUUGGGCGUACUUUUAGGUUUAAUCGCAAAGAACAAACUCGCUUCACAAACAGAGAGAACAGGGCAAGUGGUAGAUGUUGCUAUAUACGAAAGUAUGUUGAAUAUGAUGGAAGGGGUCGUACCUGAAUUUGAUCGCUUUGAUGAGAUACGUCAACCUUCUGGUACGACUGUCACAGGUAUUGUACCUACAAACACCUAUCCUUGUAAAGACGGUAAACAUGUCAUCAUUGGUGGCAAUGGCGAUAGUAUCUAUGUACGCCUGAUGAACGCUAUCGGAAGAAGUGAUUUGACUGGAGAGAAAUACAAGGUUAAUGCGGAUAGAGUGAAAGAGCAAGAAGCUAUUGAUGGUGCCAUUGCGGCAUGGACAUUGGAACAUACGACAGAUGAGGUUUUGGAAGUGAUGGAAAAAGUCUCUGUACCUGCAGGAAAGAUAUAUGACGCCAAAGAUAUUGUAGAAGACGAACAUAUUAAUGCUAGAGGCAUGAUUGAAAAUGUCACUGUGGGUACCAAAGAAGAAGGACGGGGAUGGAAUGUUAAGAUUCCCGGCAUGUCGCCUGUACUUGGUACAACUCCUGGAUCAACUGAAUGGGCUGGCCCGGAUUUGGGUGAGCAUACAAAUCAAGUUUUGAAGGAUUUAUUGGGUCUGUCAGAUUCAGAGAUUAAAAAGUUAGAACAAGAUGGAAUUACAAAGCCAAAAUAAAAAAAGUGAUUGUGUCUUUAGAAAGUAAAUUGCGUCUGUUUAAAGAGUAGCCAAUGAAGUUUGAAUGGGUUCGGCAUAUCCGGCUGUACGACAUCAAGCUUCUUUCUUGCUUUUUCUUCAUGAUUAACCAACUAGAAUAAAUAAUCACUAACAUUGCUCCCCAUAUUUUUUUAAGGUAGAUAUGCGACUAGUCCCAAGUUAUUUUCUUAACUUCUCAUCUGAAGUAUAAACAUGUCCAUAGUCUUUGCUCAUAAAAAAAAAAAAAAUUGUAAUCAAUCAAUAC